CGACGUCAUCAGGGAUCAAUUCGCAAUAAAAGUUUCCUCCCUCUUUUUUUUGAGCGACGUUCAGGACUCUAGGCCCGUGGGGGGGUCGAAGGGAUGCUCUAUCUGGAAGAGAGACGGUCCGUGGACACACUCUUGCGUCUCCGAUAUCAAAUACAAACGUUGCAUGUGGUUUGGUGGAUGGAGGGCGGAUUAAGUCGCUGACGAGUCGUUUUCUGACGUAGGAUCCCCGUUGUUGGAGCAUCAAGCGUCCAAUGUGCUCGUCAGCAACAGGCAUCGAGGCAUGUCUGAUGGGUCAGGGUCCAGUGGGACCUUUUGAUUGGCCACUGCGGGCGUGGGAGACCCGAUGGACAGGAACGACAGCGCGGUGGAUGAAAUCCUAAAACGUUACGCGUCAUCGUGUCGACACUGAAUCGACCACGUUCUGUCUGCUUUUUUCCUUGCUUUUUUUUGCAUUACGUGAAAAAGGAGAUUUCCAACCCAGGGGACAUUUGGCUGGCGAAAUUUCCCCCAGAAAUCGUGUUUUGUUUUUUGCAAAUAUAGCCGAGGGGUUGACAGAGGCGCGCAAUGGGGACCCAGGUAAACGGGAGGAGGAGGAUCCCUAACCGGGAGAAGCUGACUGCAGAGGACGAUGCCUUGAACCAAAUCGCUCGGGAGGCGGAGGCCCGGCUGGCGGCCAAGCGGGCGGCCCGGGCGGAGGCCCGUGAGAUCCGGAUGAAGGAGCUGGAGCGACAGCAGAAGGAGAUGUAUAACUCUCAGAAGAAGUAUUAUGGUCUGGACAGCAAGUGGCGUCAUAUUGAAAAGUGGAUGGAGGAGAGCGAGAGGUACUCUCACCCUUCAAGAAGACAUACCUCGAUCUCAGACGAUGAGGAAAGGAUGUCGGUUGGAAGCCGGGGAAGCUUCAGGGGGGCGCCGGCCUCGGAGCUCCACUGCAGCAGCAGUAGCUUGCCCUCUCUCAGACCCCAAAGCUCGGCUCACAACGGACGGCCUUCCAUGCUAUUUAGCGAAGGCCCUCGCUCUCAAGGUCAAAGGCCUUCAGACUACAGUGGCUUUCUCGGCUCCAGCUCUCGGGCCUCUUCCAGGGCCAGCUCAGCGCGUGCCAGCCCAGUGGUGGAAGAGAGACCUGAGAGGGAUUUUCUGGAUAAAGGCUCCAGAACAGCUUCCACCCUAUCAGCAGCCACGCUGGCCUCGCUGGGCGGGCCUUCGUCCCGCAGGGGCAGCUGUGAUACGUCGUUCUCUGUGGAGACGGAGGCGUCCAUCAGGGACAUAAAGGACUCUCUGGCGGAGUCGGAGGAGAAGUACCGCAGAGCCAUGGUGUCCAACGCCCAGCUACACAACGAGAAGUCCUACCUCAUGUACCAGGUGGACACGCUGAAGGAGGAGCUGGCCGACAUGGAGGAGCGGCUGUGGGAGAAGCACCGCGAGCACGGCGACAAGACCAAGGAGUUGGACAGGGAGAGACACGCCCACGGCAUCCUGCAGUUCAAGUUCAAGAACGUGGAGCAGACCCUGAGACAGAGCGAAGAACUGCUAAACGAGGUGGCACAGCUGCGUCUCGCGAGAGACGGCAGUGCCAGAGAGAUCACUGACCUCCAGGAAACCUUGGAGUGGAAGGAGAAAAAGAUAGCGGCCCUCGAAAGGCACGUGGAGUUUUCAGACUCUGUGCGGGGAGAGCGAGACCAGCUUAGGGGGGAGGUGGUUCUACAUAGAGAUUUGCUCAAGAAACAUGGAAUAGAGCUGUCACCAGAGAUUACCACCAAUGGUGAUGCAGGCCAGAUGGGGACCGAUGGCACGGACUCACAGGAACUCCUCGCUGGGGGUGGAGAGAGCAUGCUUGAGCUGCGACUGAAGAAGCUUGUUGACGAACGGGAGAGUCUACAAGAUCAGGUCAGGCGUCUGAAGUCUCAGUUGGACCAGAGGCAGAAAAACGGAUCAGAGAUUCCGGUUGCCGAAGGCGAUGAUGACCUCCUCGAGAACGGCCUAGACCCCCACAUCCUGGACCUGCAGAGGGACGCCAACCGACAAAUCAGCGAUCUCAAAUUCAAACUGGUGAAAUCAGAACAGGAAGUGACCGCUCAGGAGCAGAACAUCAUACGGCUGGAGGGCCAGGUGUCACGCUACAAGACGGCGUCGGAAAGUGCCGAAAAGGUGGAGGACGAACUUAAGGUGGAGAAACGCAAACUACAGCGAGAGCUGAGGGCAGCCCUGGACCGUGUGGAGGAGGUGGAGGUGAGCAACAGCCACCUCUCCAAGCGCCUGGAGAAGAUAAAGGCUAACCGCAACGCACUGCUCGCCCAGCACUGACUCUCUCUCUCUCCCUCUCUCUCUCUCUCUCUCUCUCUCUCUCUCUCUCUCUCUCUCUCUCUUUCUCUCUCUCUCUCUACCUACCUUUCUCUCUCUCUCUCUCUCUACCUACCUUCUCUCUCUCUCUCUCUCUCUCUCUCUCUCUCUCUCUCUCUCUCUCUCUCUCUCUCUCUCUCUCUCUCUCUCUCUCUCUCUCUUCUCUCUCUCGCUCAACCUCUCUCUCGCUCAACCUCUCUCUCUCUACCUUUCUCUCUCUCUCUCUCUCUUCUCUCUCUCUACCUACCUUUCUCUCUCUCGCUCAACCUCUCUCUCUCUCUCUCUUCCUGACCCCCCCUGUGGGGGGAGCUCUCUGCGACCCGUCGAAGGCAAAGUGCAAUACGGACGAGUUUGGAGUCGCCAAUCACCAUGGCCUCGCCUGCCAGGCAUAUCCACGGCCCGUCACUCGUUGACCUACAGACAAGACAAUCAAGGUCGCUGGACGUUUCCAGACAGACUGGUGGACUGAUAGUGCACCAUACACAGAGGGUAAACCUGGCCUGUUUGGUUUGGGAAACCAGCACAAAGCUUUCCCAAGGAACAGCAGGUUGGGGUAAAAGCCGAAUUUGAUAGUCCCGGUUGAGUUGUGGAUACCCAACCUCGCCAACGCUACGUUGAAUGUGAAAUCCAUUCCCUGUGAUUGGUGGAACUCUUUGCCCUGUUGGCAACCGACCUCCCCACCCCGGCAAUGGUGAUCCUGGAUACAAACAUCGGCAACAAAAAAGACCUAGGGGAACAUUUGUCGUUGCAAUACAUAUACAUGUAUCUUACACAACUGUGUGUAAUAUAUAUACCGUGUACCCUCAUGGGUGUCAAUGUGAUGUAGCUUCACAACCCCUUCAGACCACGCCUCCAUCCCCCCAAGACUCAAGCAACAUUUUGUUCAUCUUUUGUUUCAAAUCUCAUUAUUUCUGACUUGGAAUUAUCUAACCUGAAUACGUGUAUCCAAUGCACUACACUUAGUUCUCCGAAAAUACAGGUAAGAGUAGGAAAAACACAGGACAUUAUUUGUAUUUUUUGUGCAUGUUUUAUAUCCUCUGGAUGUGAACGCGUAUCUCUGGGAUUAAAUAGAGGGUAGCAGUGUCAUUUCUAAGGUCUUUGUUAUGAGUGGCACUACCUCUUCUUGGACACUAGGGAUCACCAUAUCUUCCUACAAGCUAGAAGGAGAAGAGAUUUCCUGGAUUCUGCUGGAUUUGGCAUGGUCUUGCCUUGGUUUUCAUGUAAUUUCUUUAUAUAUAUAUUUGGUUCCGCAGACUGGUGUUUCGUUUUAUAUCUUGCUUUUUAUUGUUUGUAGAUCUCAAUGUUGGGGGUGGGGGGAAGGAUUUAUUUAUUGUGACAACAAGGAUUUACUCCUUUAAGGGAACUUAAACAGCUCAGCUCAGACUCACUCGAUCGUUGUAGCCCGAACGCAGAUUUUUUAUUCUGGAAAAAUGUGUGAAUGGUUAAAUAUAGUUAGAAAGGUUGACACGAUUUGUAAACAUAACUGCUUAGAUGACAUAAUAUAACAACAGCGACGUGAGGCUUCUUUACAAUAGAAACAGUCAACAUGGUUCUUGGGAUGAAUUAUCACCAGCUAAUAAAUGGCAAAAUAGGUUCUCCGUGGCAACCUUUCAUUUUGAAAUGCUUUGCCCAAUGAAUGACUGAACUAUGUACCGAAGUAUCUCUGCUUGUAUGAACACAAAAAACUCCUACAUUUUAUUUCCAUAUUGACGCUACUGUAACCUGUCACAAGCUAGCCUGUACUUUGGAAUCCCCGGAAGAUUGCAGGGAUCCCUGUGCUGAGCACUUCAAAUAAACUACUAUCAUACAAA